GACGCAAAAUAAUUCGUCAUGACCUGGAUCACGUCGGAAUUUAUCUGGUGACGUGAAGCGGGUGAUCUUUACGCCACAAGAAGCUUUUAGUGCCUUUUACUAUUCCCGUAAGUUGUUAUGUUUGAGAGGCUUGCGCAACGCCUUGCUGUUAUUGAAUUUGUAGAAAUGCACAACGCACCCUCAACUUGCAUUUGCAGCAGAGCAAUGUGACAGAUAAUGAGAGCCACUGGAUGCCUGCGUUUCCAUCAGUGCCAGUGUUUCUCCAUGAGGUCAGUGACGGACUCCGACUGCUCCAAAUCAUUGCGCACAGCGCACCAACUGAAUAUAGACACUCCGUCUCUGCUCUUCUCUUUCUGCGGACUCUGAAAAUAUUAAAGAUCUUAUUGGGAAAAGGCACAUGAUUUGAAGCGUCUGGACCCGUUUGAUUGUAAAUAAAUACAUCGCUUGAGCAAGUGGAUUUUCGGCGCACAGGACAGGAUUCAGCACCACGGCUGCGGACAGCUCCCGUUCCCCCGUGACGCGCGUCUGGAUGGCCGCUGCUCGCCUCGCUCUGUCGCUGCUCUGAUCCGCUCUGUUCGCGAUGGCGUCACACGGGUUUUGGUUUACGGGCGCUGAAAAUGCCGCUGGAAACCCCAGCCAAAGUCCCACCACCCCCAGGGCUUGGUGUCAGGCGGCGGCCCAGAAAUUCACCGGAGGCAUCGGCUCCAAAUUAUAUGCUUUUUUAAACGUUGGAGAGGCUGAGAAAGCAGCUCAAGCUCCAGAUAAAGACGAAGAUGAGGCUACAGUGGAGAGCUGCGGUUGUAAUAAACCCUGUAACUGCCCCAAAACCAGCCUGUGCUUCUCUGAUCUCUAUUCAACAGAUCUUUUACCUGCAUUGGACGGGGACGCGAAGACUAUGAAUUUUCUGCAGGAGGUUGUGGAUAUAUUGCUGGCUUAUAUAGUGGAAUCUUUUGACAGGUCAACGAAAGUGAUUGAUUUUCACUAUCCUAAUGAAUUGCUUCAAAGGAAUAAUUGGGAGCUUUCGGACGACCCCGAGACUUUAGAUGAUAUUCUGAUCAGCUGUCGCGCUACACUAAAAUACGCCAUAAAAACCGCACACCCUAGGUAUUUCAAUCAGCUCUCCACUGGAUUAGACAUGGUUGGCCUGGCGGCAGAUUGGCUGACCUCCACUGCCAACACCAAUAUGUUCACUUAUGAGGUGGCUCCAGUCUUCGUGCUGUUGGAAUACGUCACACUGAAGAAGAUGAGAGAGAUCAUUGGCUGGCAGGAUGGCCGCGGGGAUGGAAUAUUCUCACCGGGUGGCGCCAUUUCCAACAUGUAUGCCAUGUUACUGGCUCGCUAUAAGAUGUUCCCGGAGGUGAAGGAGAAAGGAAUGUCAUCUGUUCCAAGACUGGUGGCCUUCACUUCUGAGCAUAGCCAUUUUUCAAUCAAGAAAGGAGCUGCCGCGCUUGGAAUCGGUACCGAAAGCGUCAUCUGUAUUAAAGCCGAUGAAAGGGGUAAGAUGAUUCCUUCUGACCUUGAGAGCAGGAUAGUUGAAGCCAAGCAGAAGGGAUAUGUGCCAUUUUUUGUCAGCGCCACAGCUGGAACCACAGUUUACGGGGCCUUUGAUCCUCUUAUCCCCAUAGCGGACAUCUGUAAGAAAUAUGAUGUCUGGAUGCAUGUGGAUGGAGCGUGGGGCGGAAGUUUGCUGAUGUCCCGGAAACACAGGUGGAAGCUCAAUGGAGUCGAGAGAGCUAAUUCUAUGACCUGGAACCCUCAUAAAAUGAUGGCGGUGCCCCUGCAGUGCUCUGCUCUGCUGGUUAGAGAGGAGGGACUGAUGCAGAGCUGCAAUCAGAUGCAGGCGUGUUAUCUCUUCCAGCAGGACAAGCACUAUGACCUGUCCUAUGACACGGGGGACAAAGCCCUUCAGUGCGGACGCCAUGUGGACAUCUUUAAACUGUGGCUGAUGUGGAGAGCUAAGGGCACUAUUGGCUUUGAAGCUCAGAUUGAUAAAUGUCUGGAGCUGUCAGAAUAUCUUUACAACAAGAUCAAGGACAGGGAAGGAUAUGACAUGGUCUUCGAUGGAAAGCCUCAGCAUACCAAUGUGUGCUUCUGGUAUCUUCCGCCGGGCGUGCGCUACCUGGAGGACAAAGUGGAGAAAAUGAAGCGUCUGCACAAGGUGGCCCCUGUAAUCAAAGCCCGAAUGAUGGAGUACGGAACAACCAUGGUGGGCUAUCAGCCGCAGGGAGACAAGGUCAACUUCUUCCGAAUGGUCAUCUCCAACCCAGCUGCUACCUUUGAAGACAUUGACUUCCUCAUUGAAGAGAUCGAGCGACUGGGACAGGACCUUUAAAGUCUCAUGGCACCAAAACCUCUUAUUCUUGUGUCCCUGAAUGGAUCAGCUGUUUGUUGUGAAUGUAACGGUAAUUCUUUGAUUCCUCUCCCCCAAAGUCACAUAAAGAUAGUAUGAUUAAAAAAAUGACAUGAAGAUAUUUAGAUUUUAGUAUUGUAGCGUUGUCGUGGGCUUCGUGGUUCAAAGCCCUGUAAAAGUGUUACUGUCUGCUUAUACUGUCUAUCUUAGUGUCUGACAAAACUUUGUUUGUUUUCACAUGUUAAAUGAGAAUAUGAAGAAUGCUUCUAUUGCAUGUCGUACCUUAUUUUCUGUUUGAUCAGUUAUUCAAAGUGCCAGACAACAUCAAUCUACAUAAUUAUAUUAUUAGGCAUUUUUAAUCAUUUGAUUUGUCAAGCUUUACAAACAUUUAAGUUUUUUUGAAAGAAACAACUUCAUUUUCUUAAAUGCAGUUAGUAGUUGAAAUCCAAAAACAAAUAAUACACACAUGAAAAGGCACAAAUAUGCACAAAAAACUAGAAUUCUAAAAUCAUCUUGACAUAAAGCUGCCAGCAUUUAUACUGAAGAAUAAUGUUAUAAACAUGUAACUGUAAAUCUAGAGAGUGUGCAAAACUCGUCAUGACUGGUAGGUAGACACACAUGAGAGUAAAUCUAGCCAAUCAAACCAUUCCAUGUGGUCUUUAAAUUGCUUAGUAUCACACUGGCAGUAAAUACAAUCAGCUGAUUUUGCAAUGAACAAAUCACAGCUAAUAAAUCUGUGGACAGCAAGGAACAAUCAUGUCAAAUAAGAUAAAAAAAAGAAACCAUUUGUUCAGCACUAUCAUUCACUAAUAUCCCUUGUAAAGAAACAAUGCACAUGCACAUACACUGAUGAGCCAAAAUAUUAUGACCACCUGCCUAAUAUGCUGUUGGUCCUCCACGUGCUGCCAAAACAGCACCAUCCCGCCCUGAAGGUGUCCUGUGGUAUCUGGCACCAAGACAUUAGCAGCAGAUCCUUCAAGUCCUGUACGUUGCUAGGUUGUGCAGCUGUGGAUCGGACUUGUUGGUCCAGCACAUCCAACAGAUGCUCAGUCAGAUUGAGGUCUGGGAAAUUUGGAGGUCAGGGCAACACCUUGAAAUCUGUAUCAUGUUCCUCAAACCAUUCCCCAACAAUGUGAGCAGUGUGGCAGGGUGCAUUAUCCUGCUGAAAGAUGCCACUGCCAUCAGGGAAUACAGUUGCCAUGAAGGGGUGUACCCGGCUGCAACAAUGUUUAGGUAGGUGUCACGUGUCAAAUUGACGUCCACAUGAAUGGCCGGACUUAAGGUUUAACAGCAGAACAUUUCCCAGAGUAUCACACUCCCUCCACUGGCUUGACCUCUUCCCAUAGUGCAUCCUGGUGCCAUCACUUCCCCAGAUAAACGGUGCACAUGUACAUAGCCGUACACAUAAUGUAAAAGAAAACGUGACUCGUCGGACCAGGUAACCUUCUUCCACUGCUCCAUGGUCCAGUUUCCACUCUCGCAUGCCCAUUGUAGGCACUUUCAAUUGUGGACAGGGAUCAUCAUGGGCACUCUGACUGGUCUGCGGCUACGCAGCAGGGUACGAUGCACUGUGUGUUGUGACACAUUCCUCCUGUAACCAUCAUUAAAAUUUGCGUGACUUGUGCCACAGCAGACCUUCUGUCGGUUCGGACAAGAUGAGAAAGCCUUCAUUGCCCUUGCACAUUGAUGAGCAUUGGGCGCCCAGCAGCCUGUCGCCGGUUUGUGGUUUGACCCUCCUCGGACCACUGUCGGUAGGCAAUCACCACUGCUGACCGGGAGCACCUCACAAACCUUGCUGUUUCAGAGAUGCUCUGACCCAGUCGUCUGGUCAUAAUAAUUUGGCCCUUGUCAAAGUCAUUCAGGUCUUUACUCCUGCCGAUUUCUCCAGCAUUCAACACGUUGUUCUAUGAGAACUGAUAGUUCACUUACCAUCUAAUCUACCCAGACCUGACAUGUGAUGAUCAGUGUUAUCCGCUAUGUCUGUGAGUGGUCAUAAUGUUUUGGCUCAUCGGUGUAUGAACAAAGUACAUUAGUUAUUAUGUUGAAAUUUAGUCAAAAUAACAUCUAAACAGCUUUCCUACAUAAUGACAUUAUAUUUAUAAAUUAAUUAAUUUAUUUAGCUUGGUUAAAUACUGUAGAAUUAAAGCUAUUUCAGGGUAUUAACAGAGCUAAUAUAUGAAUUUAAUGAUAAGUAUAAGUUCCAAGAAAAUAAGCAUAACUAGGAUUCUUCCCUAUGAUAGUGUGUAAAUAGACUUUUAAGAUGUACCAAGUACAUAUAUAUGUGAAUACAUCCAUGUACAGUAUAUAAGGCAGAGUCUAUUUGUGUGGUAAAUUAUCUCUUAUUUUCUCUAUUCUAAAAAAGUAAAUAAUCAUAAAUAUUGAUGAAGUCUGCUUGUGUGUGUGUGUGUGUGUGUGUGUGUGUGUGUGUGUGUGUGUGUGUGUGUGUGUGUGUGUGUGUGUGUGUCAGA